ACAAAGUUUGAUCUGUAUUGCUCCACAUCACGCGCUGAUAUUUUCUCCAUACCACAUCAUUAUGGCAUCAGUUCCUGUUUAUUGUUUGUGUCGCCUGCCCUAUGAUGUCACACGGUUCAUGAUUGAAUGCGAUGUGUGCCAAGACUGGUUUCACGGCAGUUGUGUUGGCGUGGAGGAAGACAAAGCUGCAGAGAUUGACCUGUAUCACUGUCCAAACUGCCAGGUCACACAUGGCCCCUCUGUCAUGCGGAAGCGACGUGGGGGUUCAAAGCAAGCGGACACAGGAGGAAUGGGGAGAGAUUCGGGUCGACCUGUGAAGACAGGUAGUCCUCAGUUCGUCAGAGAGUUACGCAGCCGCACGUUUCCCAGUGCCGAUGAGGUUCUGCUGAAGCCGUCCGGGGCCCAGCUUACAGUCGAGUUCCUAGAGGAGCGCUCCUUCAGCGUUCCUGUCCUGGUUCUGAGGAGGGACGGUUUGGGGAUGAGCCUACCUCCAUCUUCCUUCUCUGUCUCUGACGUGGAGCAUUAUAUUGGCGGGGACAAAGAAAUUGACGUGAUUGAUGUUUGCCGUCAGGCAGAUCUGAAGAUGCGCCUCGGGGACUUUGUUGAGUACUAUAAUAGCCCAAACAGAGACCGAGUGCUCAACGUGAUAAGCCUUGAGUUCUCAGACACCAGGUUGUCCAACCUGGUGGAGACACCAAAGAUUGUAAGGAAGCUGUCAUGGGUGGAGAACCUGUGGCCAGAGGAAUCUGUGUUUGAACGGCCGAAUGUCCAGAAAUACUGUCUGAUGGGGGUGAAGGACAGCUACACGGACUUCCACAUUGACUUUGGGGGAACCUCAGUGUGGUACCAUGUGCUUCGGGGUGAGAAGAUCUUUUACCUGAUCCGUCCCACUCCUGCCAACCUGGCCCUAUUUGAGCGCUGGAGCUCCUCCUCCAAUCAGAAUGAGAUGUUCUUUGGGGACCAGGUGGACAUGUGCUUCAAGUGCUCAGUCAAGCAAGGCAACACACUCUUCAUUCCAACAGGGUGGAUCCAUGCAGUGCUGACCCCAGUGGACUGCCUGGCUUUUGGUGGAAAUUUCCUUCACAGUCUCAACAUCGACAUGCAGCUUCGCGCAUAUGAAAUAGAGAAGAGGCUGAGUACAGCAGACUUAUUCAAGUUCCCAAACUUUGAGACGGUGUGCUGGUACGUUGGCAAGCACUUACUGGACACUUUCAGAGGUCUGAGGGAAAAUCGUCGACAUCCUGCAACUUACCUGGUCCAUGGAGCCAAGGCUCUGAACAAUGCCUUUCGUUCUUGGACCCGCAAAGAGUCCUUGGCUGAGCAUGAGGAUGAGAUUCCAGAUAACAUAAAGACCCAGCAGCUGGUGAAAGACCUGGCUAAAGAGAUCCGUCUGGUGGAGGAUAUCUUCCAGCAGAACAUUGGCAGAGGAGGAGCUCCCUUCGGAGGCUCGCAGGGUCUCCCAUCUCCUCUCCCUAAAGCCCCGUUAAACACCUCCCUCAACACAGGCAGACCCCCGGGCAAAAAGAGAGGCCCUAAACCCAAAGAGGGAGGUGUGGCCGGCGGCGUUGGCCUCACAGGGCCAAAGAAAAAGGGUCCCAAGGGCAAGGAGAUAAAAACAGAGGCAGGAGAGUUGGACCUACUGGAGAUUCACACCAAACACACCCUAAAGAAAUUCCAGCCUGGAAGCAAGGCCAAGAACAAGAACAAGCUGGAGCUGCCUACAGCCUGCCUGGAUGACUUUGAAGGGAAACUGAACAAAAGCAAGCUCAAACUGGUGCUGACCAAUGGGAAAAUACAGGGGAAGAAGGGAGGUCGCUCAGGGAGCAGUAACGGGGCGGGACGUGCCGCUCAUAUGCAGCCUCUGGUUGGCAGCUCGGCCUUGUCAGAUUUUGAGUCCGAAGAUGAGCUCCAGAUCGACGAGACUCCACCCCCUCGACGCAGGGCAGCCCCUUCUAAUAAGAAGAAACUGGCAGGUCUGCCCAGGAAGCUGCCCCGGGCCAAGCCGUGCUCUGACCCACACAGAGUCAGAGAGCCAGGAGAGGUGGACUUUGACAUUGAGGAGGAUUACACCACAGAUGAGGAGACCCUCACUAUGCAGGGAGUAAAGGGAGGAGCAGGGGGCAUUCUGGACUUACUCAAAGCCAGCAAACAGGUCGCUGGUCUGGACUCUGCUCUGAGUGAGGAAGCUCCAGCCUCACCCAGUACACGAGAUGCUAUCCAAGGCAUGCUGUCAAUGGCCAAUCCUCCUUCCUCCUCCUCCUCUUCGGCCUCCUCUUCUCCUCUCUCUGUGUCUGGAGGUGCACGCGAAGGAACAGGAACGAUGAAGGAGAAAGGAGGGAGAACUGCGUGGGCAUCAGGUGGAGCCAAGAAGAGCGAGAAGAAAACCACCAUUCAGAGGCCUGGGAAACGGCCAAUCAAACGGCCUGCCCGUCACCUUAGCGACGAAGAGAGUCCAGAUGAGCAGGAGACUCUGGGGACGUGUUUUAAGGACUCCGAAUACGUGUAUCCCUCUUUAGAGUCCGAUGAGGAGGAUCACACGGUCAAAUCCAAAAUGAAAAGAAAAAGAAACUGGGAUGACACACCAUGGAGUCCCAAAGCUCGUGUCCAGCCUACGUUGCCCAAACAGGAGAGACCUGUGAGGGAGGGAGUCAGAGUGGCAUCUGUGGAGACUGGGCUUGCCGCUGCCGCUGCCAAGUUGGCACAACAGGAGCACCAGAAAACCACCACCAAGAGGAAAUACACAAAAAAGAAGGUCCCUCAAGAGAAGACGCAAGCCGUGGCAGCCCAGCCCAAGUCGGACCCUGGGCCCGUCUCUCCACACGUGCCAUCGGAGCCCCCCGUGGACUGUAUCACCGAGGAGAGAAGGGUGGAGGCUUACUCCGCCAGCCUGCUGGACCAUGAGUACACUGCAGGACCAGGCCCCUUUGGUCCAGGAGGGCCCCGCGGAAACGCCGCCAUGGCCCCCGGAGUCUUCCUUACGUCCAGACGGCCUUCUCUCUCGCCCCAGAACAGCAGCAGCUACUCCCCCACCGCCCCGUCGCCGGCAGGCCUGGCCAGCCCUGGGGCCACUGGGGCCGGACAAGGGAAGCGUCCGAAGAAAGGACUUGCCACUGCUAAGCAGAGACUGGGCAAAAUCCUGAAAAUACACCGCAAUGGCAAACUCCUACUGUGAGAGAAGACAGGAGAUGGGGAGAUGGAGAUGGGGAACUGAGUAGAAGAAAAGAUGUGGAGGUUGAGUCGCCGACUGAAGAGUGAGAGAGGAGAGUAUGAUAAGAUGACAGAAAGACUAGUUAUUUUGUUAUAGUUCAUGUGCUCUAUGCUUCUCACCUUUUGCUAGCUUCAGUUUCCCCCUUUUUUUACAGAGAUUGUGAUCAUUCCUAUAUUGACAUUAGCAUUAUAUUUCCUGACACAAUCACGUAUUAAUUUGUUUUGUCUUUACACCCUAAUGAAAUACCGGAAAGGCAUCAAAGCACUCAAGAAGAGGUGUUUACUAAGAAGUUUGGCUAUAGUUGGAAAGUAAAAAAUGAAAAUAACUGACAAAUCUUAAAUAACAGUGUAUAAUGUUAUUUACUUUUAAUGACUAUUUAUUUGUAAUGGUAGUUGUUAAAACGUUUACCAAGCAGCAAGCAUCAAGGUUUUGUUUUUACAGGAUAACUGCUCUGAGUUAAUAAUCACAAAAUGGUACUUUGAGAAGACAAAAGCCUGAUUUUGAAAUGGUUCAAAUCAAGAUGUUUAAGUGUCUGACACGCGCAUGUUCACAUCUUCUGACCUGCUUACAGCAGAGAAGUGUGGAUUCAGUCAAAGGGAAAUCAAUGAGACCAUUUCAGAUUCAGUAGAUUGUCUGUCUGUCUCUGGUACCCUCUCUGUCUUUGUCAACCUGCCCCAAGUGCAUGUCCAUUGCAUAACUUAUUUUUAUUAACCUUCUCUGCUUAUUGGGUGUGAAAAUCGGUUCUCGUACCAAACAGAUCUACAUCACUCCCAGUAUAUACCUGAAAUGCUGUAAAUAUUGUUAUUGUUACAAAACCUGUGUACCAAGACCUUUCUGCUAGCUCGUUUGAUACAUUUUUUACCGUAGUAAU